AUGGGUCAAGCUUUCUUUCGUAUGGCAAACAUUACACGUAGUAGAGCAAAUUCAAACGAUCCAGCUGCGGCUAGAUCACCCUCUUCCACCCAAAUGGAUACUCCAUGGUCAGUUGUCACCGCUGGCAAGGGUAAAAAUCGUAGUAAAAAGCAACAUCAGCUUAUUUCCUUCAAGCCUACGUUUGUUCAGCCUCGAGCUUCCACCACGGAAUCCACCCAAGCUUUGACUGACCAGCCUCCUCCAGCUCCUGUUGAGCUUGUUGUACCUUACAUCAAGGGUGCUGAGAAAGGCUCUGUACUUAUUGACAUCACCCACGUCAAGAAUCUCCACCUGUUGCGUGAAGCAUUGGAUGCCUUUAACAAGGAUGCUGAUACUAGCGGUAGGGGCUACAACGAAUUUCUAGGUCGUUGUGAAAAGAACCGCACCUAUCUGAAUCAUGUGUACAUGGAAACUCUCUGGGCUGCUAAUACGGCAUCGUACAAUACGAUUGUCUAUGAAGGUAUUAUUCUCUCUGAUAAUACCUUCAUAAAAGGAUUUCCGUCUUACCCUGCUGACGCCUCCAUCGUCCGUCUAUCUCUUUCUGGACUGCCUUUCCUCCAACUUCCUUUAUUGAAGAAGGCAUUGAAAGAAUGGCUAACUCGCUUUGGUGAAGUGCUAGAUUUUGGGCUUAGCAAGAAGGAUGGUUACGCCACUAUUGCAAUCCCUCCCGGCAAACCUUGCGCUGAAGAGUCCUGUCAAUUGGACCAUACUCACUUUGAGCCCCUUCAACGGGCUGUUCCUUGGACCGAGGAUGACGGGGACCUACGUAAGAUUCUACUUACCUGGGAUGCCAUGCCAGAUUUUUGCCGAGUCUGUGGAUCCUCCGACCAUUGUCGUGCAGACUGCCCUGAUCGUCUGAGCUGGUUGAAAUGCUACAACUGCAAUCAAAAAGGACAUGAAUGGAAGCACUGCCCUCGCAAUAAUGAUGCCAAAGAUACCGAAGCUCCCAGCAAAGCUCGAGCUGUUCCUGAAGCUGCCAAGAAGACGAGUCGUAAAAUUCCUCUAAAGGUUAACAACUCGACUACCUCUCCCAUGAUUGUGGAUAGUCCUACACAAUCUCCUGUCGUUGUUCAGGAAAAUUCUGGCUCUCGUCCUGAAGACUCAGGCUCUCCAGCUCCUCCCGAGGAUGCUGAUAUGGACGAAGCCAAUCCUCCCCCUCAUCACCAACAAUUGUCAAUUGACAACCACGUCGGACAAGCUGCACCGAUUAAUGAAGCUGGAUCAACCUCCACCAAACAGUAUAAGAAUCGCUCACAAUCACCCGAGCCACAAGAUCACAUGAAAAUAGCUAAAACCAAUGACUCUAGCGAUGUCACUGCCCGUCGCAACCAACGGAGUCAAGAUAUUCUUCAGGAUGGUAUCGAUGGUGGUCGCUUCAUCCUAGCAAAUAUCAGACUUACUGCAACACCGGAGGAUGACUUAACAACAGGUCCCACCGUAGCUACAGUUUUAAACAUCUACGGACGAGCUGGAGCCCACCCCCAGCGCUCAGCAUUUUUCUCUGAACUGCUCAGUAUUCCCAUCGUCUCAACCACUCUCAACAACGCCUAUCACUCUCCUACUUUAGUCAUGGGCGAUUUCAACUAUUCCUUUGACACGCACCGACUAGCAGAUGGAUCCUUAACAAGUGCUCCUACUUCAUGGACUUCACUUCUCAAUGACCAUUACGUCGAUUGCUUCAAGCAUCAAAAACAACCCACCUGGUCCGUCAACUCCAGCUCAUCUACUAUUGACUAUAUAUUCUGUGACACAAUUUCGCAUCAUAGAGUGAAUGAUGUUGAACAGGUCUUUAUCAGCAGUACGUGGACAGAUCAUGACCUCCUAGGCAUAACUUUCCAAUAUGAUAAUCCUAACCGUCGAGGUCCCGGUGUAUGGAAAGCAAACCCUCUUUUUGCUCAGAGUAAGAAGUUUCGAUCAGAAUUAGCUCAACAUUUACAGUCUAGACAAUCUGACCUUGCUUCUAUUCAAUCCUCCUCAACGCCUCAACAAACAUGGGAUUGGGUCAAAGGGGAUGUCAAAACUUUUAUCAAAUCCUACCAACUCGCCGAUAACAACUGGAGGGCAAAGGAAUUGAAGAGACUACAAAAGAAACGAAAUAUGAUGCUUAGACAGUCCAGAAACCGAGGCCUCUAUUUUCAAGUUUUGGAGACAAUCAACAUUCAGAUUGGAGCCUUGCAGGAAUCAGUAGCCGAAGUACAAGCUUUGAAGGCGGGAAAGAAUUGGCGUGAAAAAGGGGAAAAGUUUGCUGGCUAUCUUAAACGCACAGCUACUACCAAGGAGGCCCAGAGGAGUAUUAAUGCUCUGCUUGAUCCUAACACCAACACUGUCCAUACCGAUCAACCCAAUAAGCUCAGAAUUGCCCAGGAAUUUUACACAUCUCUAUUCACCCCAGAUGUGGUAGAACCUACAGUUAUUCAAGAAUUGUUGUCGUCUGUCCCUGCCGAACUACGCCUAGAUAAUACUGACCAAUCUCUGUUGACAUCUACGAUUGCCUUUGAGGACAUCCUGGAGGUUUUGAAGGAACCCCCUCGGAAAUCAAGUCCUGGAGCAGAUGGCUUACCAUUUGAAAUCUUGAAUCUUGUGGUCCGCUUUCCACCACUCAGAGAAAUACUCACCCAGGUUUUCAAUGAUGCGUUGGAACAAGCUCUCUUCCCGGAUUCAUGGAACGUUUCUGUUAUGACCUUGCUGAAAAAGAAGGGCGAUUCAAAGAACAUGGGAAAUUAUCGUCCACUUGGUUUGGCCAACUGCGAUUACAAAUGUUUUACCAAAAUUCUUAACCAACGCAUGAUGAUUGUAUCACCCAAAUUGAUCAACUCAAACCAAAUUGGCUUCAUCCCUGGCAAAUACAUAGCUGAGAAUGGUCCUCGCUGUCAAAUACUGAUGGAGGAUGCUGAAUUGAAAUGGAAGCUCGCCAACCAGCAGGGUACAACUUCUACUAUCCAUCGAGACAUUGGGCUGCUCCUUGACCAAGAAAAAGCUUAUGACCGUGUUAAUCUGUCUUACUUUCGGGCUGUCUUGAAUCAUUUUGGGUUUCCAGUGAGUAUUGUUAAUUGUCUCUACAAUCUCAUGGCACACAACCAAAUCAAGAUCAACAUCAAUGGAUACUUUACUGAUCCAAUAGCUAAGCUACGUGGAUUCAAACAGGGUGACCCUAUCUCUUGCAUAUGCUAUGAUUUAGCUUUUGAGCCAUUUCUACAAAGCAUUCUACAGGACCAGGAUUUCCGUGGCUACGAAAUGGAAAAUCAAGUGAAUGCUGCCGCUCCCGUUAUUUCUACGAAAAUACUUUGCUAUGCCGAUGAUGCACUCGUUUUUGUACAUGACAAACAGGAUCUUCGUUUGUUGAAGUAUUACAUGGACUUAUUCUGCCGAGCAUCCAAUGCUCGCUUCAAUUAUUCCAAGGUGGAUGCCUUCUCCUUGUCUGGUCGUGAUACUAGUGACUAUUGGAGCCGGUCCCUCGCCGAUAUGAACAUUCACCAUCUUCAUACUGCUUUGGAUCCUGAUCCUCUGAUUUAUCUCGGAUUCCCACUCAUUCAAAGCACUCUCCAACGGAACAACUUCAUGGCUUCCCUUAUUGUUAAGCUCAGGAAGACUCUACAGCCCCAUUCCUGUGGUCUCGGCAUACUCGACGUCAAUCUCCAGUAUGCUGCAUUGUACUUUCGUUGGGUAUCUCCCUUACUACAAUUGGAUUCCUCGUCUUCCACUAAUAAUCCACUGCUGGCUAUUCUCGUAUAUCAUAUCAACAACCACAACCGUUCCUCUCAUCAUCAACUACCGCUGCUCUUUCCAGUUGCACGACGACGGCUCACAACAAUACGACGCGCAAACACCAUUGAUAUGAUGUACAAAUCAAUCGACAUGUUACCGAGGAACUUUGACGACGUCGUGAUCAACUUGCCCACUGCUCUCAUGCUACCUCUAUCCAUCGUCAUAUUUUCCGACCCUCUACUUGGUGUCAGAUUGCCUCGCAAAAUCCAUUCAAUGACUGUCGCCGACGUCUUUGCUGUGCAUACAACUGAGCAAUUUCUCCAUUGGAAACGUUCCUUCGACUCCACACUUGCUGUAUGGCAGCGUGCACCUCGACAACUGAUUCAGGGCAUUGCAAAAGGCACAUUUAAGUUGCAACCCUUCUUUCUCUCUCUGUGUGUUCCUUCCUCCGCUGUCUUUCCUUCACCAUCCAGUCCUUCAUUGCAACCAUUUGUUGAUCACCUCACAACUGACAACAACCUUGCAAUGACUUCCACUGGCUGUAGAUCCGAAUCGUUUCGGCAAGCAUGCUCGUCUGCUUCCGUCGUUCCUCAACGAUUGGCUGCCAUAGCAUCUCCCCAAUGGUCGUUUUUCUGGUCUUUGUCCCUGACCAUGAUCCAAAGAAAUGUCGUAUAUCGAUUCAUCAACAACUGCAUUCCCCAUCAGUCUCUAUUGAAUCUGAGGUUCCCCUCUGUUUACUUGUCCCCCUUGUGCUUUGUCUGUUCCUCAGUUGAAGAUUCCACUGACCACUUCCUUUUUGAAUGUCCACCCAAGGCAGCGGCCUGGCAGGGUAUUAUCUCUGAGUUCCUCUGGCCCACGGUAACCAUUGAUGAUAUCCGCCAUUCCCUCCUCACUCUCGACUUUUACAAUAUUCGAUAUAGUCAGCGGCCUCGUGCUUCCUCCCAUCAUAUAAUCAUCAUUGCGAUGUCUAGCAUUUGGAAAGCUGCUCACUAUCGUCUAAUCUUCGAUCAAACUUCCUUCGCUCCCGCCGCUGUGCUGAAUAGUAUCCGACUCGACAUCCAAAAAUGA